GUGUCUUAAGUGGGGAAACGAAUUAAUUUUUGUGUUUUUUGUCGUUUUUUGGUCGUUUGGUUGGCCAGCUUGGCCGCGCCAUGAAAAACUCAAAAUGGCGUCUCAGUUUAUUAUGUGAGAUUCUCACAUAAAAAGUGCUAAAAAACCCCCCAAAAGCCCCACUAAAAUGUAAUUUUCGGUCAUAAUGCGUAGAAAACCAAGUGUCCAUGCGAUCAAGCUUUAAGAAAACCGUGGUAGAAAAUGGGUUGUGUUAGUAGUAAGCCCGAUAUAAACGAUCAACACCCCAAUAUAUUCCAAGUGUCAAACGUGAACGACCAAGGGGACUUGGUGAGCCCCGGAAAGCUGGAAGUCCGCGAAACGGAACUAGUCUUACACCAAAGAGGCAAAAACCCCACAGUGUGGCCCCUUCGGGCGCUACGCAAGUACGGCUUCGACUCGGAGAUCUUCAGUUUUGAGUGCGGCCGUAGGUGCCCCACAGGCCAGGGCAUCUACGCGUUUCGUUGUCGCAAAGCCGAGCAACUUUUCAACAUCGUCCAACACCACAUUGUGCGCAACUCCGACGAGAACCCCCUUAUUAGCGCCAUUUCGGACUCGAUGGGCCCCCCUGUACAAAGACGCAUACCGUCCCAGCCCGAGGGCUACCUCAAUCCGCGGCCGAGUCUCAGCCGCCCCGGCUCGAUCACCAGCAACGGCCCGGUGAGCCCCACCGAGCCCCCACACGAGCACAACAACAACAAGCGCGGCAGUGUGGGGGAGCACCAGUACACCAAUUCGAGUGUCAUCGCGGAGACGGAAGCCCCCAACUACGCCAAUUUGGGGGGCGAGGGGGAGAGCCCCGGCCACUUGUACAUGAAUGUGGACGCUGCAACCAAAGACUCGGAGACGGGACAUUGCUAUGCCAAUAUUGACACCAAAGAUUUAGAACAUUUAAGGCCCCUUUUGGCGGGGGCGGAGGCCCCGAGUGUGCCUCAGACCCCAACGGCGCUUUAUUUGACUGUUCAUGAGGUGAAUUACGCCGAAUUGGAUUUGGAUCCGGUGAAAAGCGAGGCACAGGUGACCCCUGAUAGCCCCCAUAAAGCGAAAAGUUACGCUACGAUUGAUUUUCAAAAAACUAACGCUCUUUCGCAGUCGAUAAAUCCGCCAAUGGAGGUCGAAGAAGGCAGCAGAAAAACUAGACAUAAUUCUACAAUUAGUGAUGUUACAACACGACACAGCAACUCGCUGAGUGACUAAAACACAUCGAAAUGUCAAGUUUUGUGAUUCUCAAUUGAGUUUUUUUUAUUUAUUUAAUGAGGUGACCUUGUACGAAAUUUUGCCUUUUUCUUUUUUUUUUUGUAGAGUAGAGGAGAAACAUCGAUUUUUGGAGUGGUCAUCUCGUUAAGUAUUUGUGAUUGUCUACCAAAAUGCCACCUUUUUUUCUAACGAUACAAAUUUACAAAUGCCAAAGAUAUUUGAUACUUGUUUCAAGUAAUGGAAAUGAGAAAUGACGUAUAUAUUAUUUUACUAUAUUAUACAUUGCGCAGAAAAGUAAUUAAUUAUAGUACAGUUGAAUAUAUUAUAUUUAAUUUUUAAUAAAUGAUAUUUUACAAA